UUAUAGGCUAGUAUCAGUGUGUGCUCCUAGUGAGUACAACCCAACUGCUAUAUGUUCCCUGUUUCCCCUUCUACUAUGCAAGAGCUGCAGCCGCUCCAAGCUCCAGUUCUUUGUUUGCGUUUACACCUGCUCAACAUCAACAGUUCCUAUUUCUUAAGCAACAGCAACAAGCACAACAAUAGUUUCAGCAACAACAGCAACAUCAACAGCAACAACAGCAACAUCAACAACAACAACAGCAACAGCAACAACAAAACACAGUCGCUAACCACUGUUCUAAGAGAGAGAGGGAGAGAGAGAGAGAGAGAGAGAGAGAGAGAGAGAGAGAGAGAGAGAGAGAGAGAGAGAGAGAGAGAGAGAGAGAGAGAGACAGAGAGAGAGAAAAAAAAUCCUUCAGGCAUUUCACCCCACAAUCUCUCUCCACCCAUCCAUUCUUUCCGAGAUCCAAGCCCUGCUGUAUGAAUACCACCGUCAUCAUGCUAAGUCUUCCCAUCAACAUCU